CAAACAUGGAUGCGCCCAGUGAUCAGAGUUUAAAAGACAAAAUUGAAAAAAUUCGUGCAAAAAACAGAAAAAAGUGCUUGCGUUCUAAGAAAGCAUCAUCUGAAAGUGAAGAUGAAAAGGAAGAAGAUAUGAGCGCCUUAUUGGAAGAUGCUAAAGAACUGAGAAAACUGAGGAAAAGAGCAAAUGGUGUAAGUGCUGUUGGUUUAGCCCUUGGAAAAAAACUAACUGUGCAAGAAGAAUUGACUGUGGAUGAUCCAUUUAAAUUGAAAACAGGGGGUUUUAUUGACAUGAAAUCAUUAAAAGGGAAAGGAAAGAUUGGUGGCGAUGAACUAGAUGCAGUGCAUUUGGGCAGUGUUUUCUCAGCAGAAACCAAUCGUAGGGAUGAGGACGCAGAUAUGAUGAAAUAUAUUGAAGAAGAACUUGGAAAAAGAAAAGGAUUGUCAAGCAUUCCUGAAGCUAAGAAAGAAGCUCUGAGGCAAGCUGACAGUAGUAAUGCUCAUGAAAGUGAAGAUAGUGUUGAUAGUGAAGGGCCUCUAAAAGCAGAUGAUGUUUUGUUUGAAGUUCCUGAACAUUUAAGACGUCCUUCAACCAAGAAAUCAGAAGAGAUGUUGUCUAACCAAAUGCUUUCCGGUAUCCCUGAAGUUGAUUUAGGAAUAGAGGAGCGAAUUCGUAACAUUGAAGCUACAGAGGAAGCCAAAUUAAGAGUUCUGAGGGAAAGAAUGAAGAAAAAAGAGAAAAGUAUGUCCUUUGUGCCUACAAACAUGGCAGUGAAUUUCGUGCAGCACAACAGAUUUAACAUUGAAGAAGCAGACCAACCUAAAGUAAAGAAAAUAAAGACAGAAGUGGCUACCCCUGAAAAGCAGAGCCCUGCCAGGAUUGUAAUUCCUAACCCAGGUCAAAAAUCUAAUAAAGGCAAGGCAGAAGAUGAGGAAAAAGCUACUGACGAUUUUCAUUUUGAAAAAUUCAAGAAGCAAUUUCGAAGGUUUUAGAUUUAAGCUGGUGGUUUGUAUCAAAUAAGUUAAAAUAGAAGCUAUCAUGCAUUUUGGUGAUUGUGUACUUGAAGGAAUUCUUUUUGUUAUAUUUGUAAAUAUUUGCCUUCAUCAGAAAUUCAUAAUGUAUAUAAUCAAUGUAUAAAAUCAUUCAGAA